AAUUCUCUCCGCUUGAGUAUGGUAGACGGGCCCUCAUCUAGGGGACUCUGUAAAUAAACGUAUUUCUGUGAUUUAUUCAUUUAUAACAGUGGCGCGUGUGUGUGUGAAUCCAGAGUUUAAAGCCCGCUGGGUGUUUCAGAGAUCCUCUGAUGGGCCUGCCGCUGGGAUCGGCUGGUCUGGGGUCAGUACUGCGUGUUCCUGCUGAUGUGGACUGUGUUUGGCUGGAGCUUUAACACACUUUAUCUGUUUACGAAACUACUGAGCUCAUGGCUAUGACGAGUCUGUAUUAUUGAUGACAGAAGAGUGAAGUCAGGCCGUUUUACUCGACGAACGCUGAAUUUGUGUUUGCUAUACGAUACUUUGGAUGUUUUGCUGCUUUAAGGAAAAGUAACUCUGAGCGAUGAUGAACCGCCAGUGAACGUCAGUCGUGUUGUUUUCUAAGCGCAUGUGCAUCAGAGUGAUGGAGAGUGACUGCAGGAUCCCCAUGUCAUGUCUGAGACCCCGAAUCCUGGCCCUACACGCUUUAUUCUGGGGCUUAGUGUCUCUUAGAGUAUUUGGAGCAGCUCUUCUGAGCGAUGAGAAGACAGCAGUUGCCGUGACAAAGGCGAUGACAGCACCAUGUUGGCAGCUGGAGGAGUUUGUGGUGGCUAAAGAGUGCAGUGUAUGCGAGGGUUUGCAAUUGAAAACAAUACCAGCCUGCAGCCAAACUGGAUUUAUAGAAAAGAUCAACUGCACAAAGUCUAACAGAGACGAAUACAAAAGGGGCAGCAAGGUGGCGCAGUGGGUGGCACAAUCGCCUCACAGCAAGAAGGUAUUUGGUUCGAGCCCUGGCUGGGUCAGUUGGCUUUUCUGUGAGGAGUUUGAAUGCUCUCCCUGGCUGUCGCUCAACAAAAAUGGAGGAGCAUCUGUUUUGGAAAUUUGAAGGCACCAUGUUGGCUCUCACUGUUGUCUUUGCAAUAAUAGUGGUGAUCAGGCAACGCUCGCUUGACCGCCAAGCUUCAGACAAGGUCCGGAGGCAGAUAGAAUCUAUUUAGUUGACCAAACGAACAGUACUAAAUGUUGAGGGGCUUUGGGGCCUGGUGUUGUAGACUCUCAGCAAAGGGCAUAACCCAACAGCCCACAGAGACUCCCAGACUUUAUCUGACUGGAUGCACAAAGACUCUGAACAGACAAGGCGUGCUCUCACUUCCCAGACUGACAUUAAUCAUGGACGCUUCUCUGUGCAGGAUUUAACUUUACCUUCUCCAGUGGAAUAUCCAUUUUGAAUCGGCAAACAUUAUGCAAGAUUGGAGUCCUGUCUCUAUUUUGUUGAAGCUCUGCAUAUACCUGUCCUUACAAAAAUGCUGUGAAGGUGGUGUGUGUAGAACGAAUAUGAGAGUGUGUGUGUUGCAUGUUUUAAAUAAUCACUAAAGCACAUCAAGUAUUUUCAUGAACAGAGAAUGAACUCUUUGUUCUGUUAUUAUGGGUUAAUGUUAUACAGGAUGUUUUUUUUUGGCUCUGUUCAUUUUGGAAAGUGCUACAGAUCAUGUCUUUUUCCUGACUUUCUCUAAACUGACACACUCAUCCAUCCAUUAACACAGACCUGUUUCUUCCUGGAGCCUUAAAAGUCAUUUGAAUACCCGUGAAUGUGCAGGUGUCGUUUGUUAAAAUCCUUUAUUUUCAGUAUAUAUUUUAAAGUGUUUCUCCUUUAGAAAUUUUGAGAUUUUCCUUUAGAAACUUUGAGAGUUUUUUUUUUUUGGUCAUAGUGUUACUAAGUCUUUGCCCUCCUGAGUGUAAAAGAGAUUUUUAUAUGAAAAGCAUGUGAAGAAAUGGCUUGGUUCGUGAAGUAUACCAGCUCUGUAAACACAUCUGACUGAUAUAUGCAAGACUGCAUUGUACUGUAUAUUGAAGCAGCUGGAGUUUGUUUAUUCCCAAACCUUUCAUUUUAAAGCACUUCACUGGCAUUGCAAAUUCUUCAAUGGUUACUUUUCACUGAACACAAGAUUAUCUGCCGCCAUCUGCAGAAAGACUACUGGUUUUGGGUAUAGACGUACAUUUUUAUUUACAAUAAGGAUUGGUUUGAUAAAAUGAUACAUGUAUGGUAAGGACAAUAGGUGGUUAUUUUAUUUAAACUCCACACUUUAUGAAAGAAACCAUGUGAAUUUGGUCCAGUUUUUGUCCUGUAGUCAACUUUACUGAUGUACCUAAAAUGUAAACAGUGUAUUUUUAUGAAAGAUGUGUGACACUUCCUGUCCUCUGUUGAUAAACUGAGGAAUAAAUAGGAAAAUGAA